AUGACGAUGUUCAAGUUCAUCAUGCUCGCAGCUCUCUUCCUCUUUGAAAUCCAGGCGUCGUCGGAGGCGGAGCAAGCUGCUACACCGGAGUGGGCCGCGGCCGUUCUGCAGAAAGGACAGCAGGGAGCAGCCGCCGCCGUCGACGUCGUCGUCGCGAAGGAUGGAAGCGGCAACUUCGAGUCCAUCAUGGCCGCCAUCGACGCAGCUCCACGAGCGAGUAUGAAAAGGCAUGUCGUGCGAUUAGCCAAGGGUGUCUACGACGAGAUCGUCCGUGUUCCUGAGGACGUGUGGAACCUCACCCUGCUCGGCGACGGCAUCGGCGUCACGGUGGUCACUGGCAGCCGCGCGUUCGACGACGGCUACUCCAUGCCGGAGACGGCCACCGUCGGUGUGGAUGGCCCUGGCUUCAUAGCGCACGACUUGACCAUCCAGAACACCGCUGGAUCUGCAAAGCAACAAGCGCUGGCGCUUCGGUCCCACUCCGCCAGGUCUGUGGUGUACAGAGUGUCUUUGGAAGCCCACCAAGACACGCUUUACGCUCAGGACCAUUACCAGUUCUACCAUGCCUGCAUGAUCUCAGGAACAGUGGACUUCAUAUUUGAAGAUGCGACUGCUGUCUUCCAGAGCUGCUUGCUGGUAGCACGCGUUCCUCACCCAGGUCAGCAGAAUGUCGUAACAGCUCAAGGACGCUACCAGGCGAACAGCACUUCUGGAUUUGUAUUCCAGCUCUGCAACAUCACCGGUGAACCACUUCUACGCGAGAAGGUUGUGGAGACGUACCUUGGACGCCCCUGGAAGCCCUACUCCCGUGUUGUCUUCAUCGAGUGCUUCAUCGACUCCGUGGUUGACCGCCGGGGCUACCUGCCUUGGAACGGUUCUAUGGGUCUUGAUACUCUCUUCUAUGGUGAGUACAAUAACUCUGGACCCGGCUCCGAUGUGAAGGGCAGAGUAAACUGGCCAGGAUUCCAUGCCAUCACCGCAGCUGAAGCAGCCAACUUCACUGUUGCGAGUUUCUUGGAAGGGCAAAGCUGGCUACCGGGGACAGGUGUGGAGUUCACACCUGGUCUGUGACGGUGCACAUCCAUGGGCUGUGUUCUUGAUUAGCUGGUUUGAGCUGUAGGUGUUCUUCUUGUAUCAAGUAGUAUUUAGCUGACUAGGUGUGGGUCAUGGCAAUAUGAUGUUUGGUAUCUAAAAUCUGUCAGGGUUGAAUGUGUGUUGCCAACAUCCCUUGGCUAGUUGGCUUACUAAAGUUUGAAGCUGGCAUGUAGAGCUACAGGUCUUAUAGACACUAAAGUUGACUGAUCAAAGGUCCAAAAAUAUCAAGAUCGAUGAACCUUGGUGAAUUA